UUAACCUCCUGCAUCGGAUCACCCACGUCCCCACCAUGUCAGACGCAGCCACAGCUCCGAAAUCACACCAAGGACUUAAAGGAGAAGAAGGAAGUUGUGGAAGAGGCGGAAAACGGAAGAGACGCCCCAGCUAACGGGAAUGAGGAAAAUGGGGAGCAGGAGGCUAACGCUGAGGUCAAUGAAGAAGAGGAGGAAGGCAGGGAGGAAGAAGAGGAAGAAGGUGAUGGUGAGGAAGAGGAUGAAGAUGAAGAUGAGGAAGCUGAGUCGGACGGCAACCGGGCAGCUGAAGAUGCUGAGGAUGAUGAUGUCCAUACCAGGAAGCAGAAGACCGACGAGGAUGACUAGACAGCAAAAAAGGAAAAGUUAUACUAAAAAAAAAAGGCCACCGUGACCUAUUCCCCUUGCACUUCCCAUCUCAGAACCUAAACGUGGUCACCACCUUUGAGUAGAGAGGCCUGUCCGCCCUCCCACCAAGGGCAGUGCCACCUGCAGAUGACACAUGCCUCAGUCUCUGGAGUAGCUGAGACUACUGGCUCAGCUGCUUGGUUGUGUUUUGGUUUUGAUUUGUAUUUCCCUAAUUAAUCGAUUAAUGGAAUUUAUUUUAUUAUUAUUCCUUUUGAGACUGGGUUUUACUCUGUCUCCCAGGCUGUAGUGCAGUUGCAUGAUCUUGGUUCACUACAGUCUCCACCUCCCAGGCUCAGGCGAUCCUCCCACCUCAGCCUCCUGAGGAGUUGGGACCACUAAUAAAAAUUUUGCCUGGCUAAUUUUAAAUAUUUUUUUGUAGAGAUGGAGUCUUGCCCUGUUGCCCAGGCUGGUCUUGAACUCCCAAACUCAAGUGAUCCUCCCAUUUUGGCCUACUAAAGUGUAGGAAUUACAGGUGUGAGCCACUGUGCCUGGCCUUCAAUGUGCUUUUAAGAAGCUUCUGGAGGGCUGGGCAUGACAAACAUGGCAAGAUUCUAUGUCUACAAAAACUAUAUAAUAAGAUAAAAUAAUUAAAACUUCUGGAGUGUGACCUUGGAGCUCUCAAACUUCUUUUUUUUCUUUUUUCUGAGACAAGGUCUUUGUUGCCCAGGCUGGAGUGCGGUGGCAUGAUCUAAGUUCUCUGCAACCUCUACCUCCCAGGUUUAAGUGAUUCUCCUGUUUAGCCCCCCAAGUAGCUGGGAUCAUAGGGGUAUACUACCAUGCCUGGCUAAUUUUUUAUUUUUAGUAGAGAUGGGGCUUCAUCAUUUGGCCAGGUUGGUCUCGAACUCCUGGCCUCAGGUGGUCCACCCGCCUCGGCCUCCCAAAGUGCUGGAAUUACAGGCUUGAGCCACCACAGCCAGCCAUCCAAACUUUUGUUAACUACCUCCUGUUGCAUCAACAGCUACCUCCCAUUGAAUCCAAGAGACCAAAGAUGCUAAGCAAAACAAACACAAACUAAUUUUUUCUUUCUUCCAAAAUUUUUUUUAACAUUUAAUUUUUAUUCUUGGAAUUCUUAAAGGAGUAUGUUUGUGUUUUAAGACUUUUACUAGUGCUUCCAUGUAUGGCCAGCAGAGGGCACCCUAAGAGCAGCCCAGCAGCGCUAGUAGCUGGGUUAGAAAGUGGCAAAGUUUGCUGUACUGCUCAAGAACUUGGGUUUAAGGGAGGAGGAAGGUUGAAGGAAGCUCCAAUUAGGCUUUUUUUUUUUUAAUGUUUCUUUUUUUUAAUUGCAUUUUAGGUUUUGGGGUACAUGUGAAGAACAUGCAAGACACUUGCAUAGGUACACAUGUGGCAGUGUGAUUUGCUGCCUUCCUCCCCUUCACCUAUAUCUGGUAUUUCUCCCCAUGCUAUCUCUCCCCAACUCCCCACCUCCUGCUGUCCCUCCCCUAUUCCCCCCAACAGACCCCAGUGUGUAGUGCUCCCCUACAUGUGUAGUGCUCCAUGUGUUCUCAUUGUUCAACACCCACCUAUGAGUGAGAACAUGCGGUAUUUCAUUUUCUGUUCUUUGUGUCAGGGUGCUGGAGGUGAAGUGGUAUGGAAGGGCUCUGCAAACCCCAUCGAGGCUGAAUUAAAAAUGUAGGCCCAGUGACCCAGGUCUCCAGAUUUAAUUUUUCCUAGUAAAAACAUUGUAAAAACCACUAUUGGAGGGUCAAAAAAUUAUUUAAUUUCCUUGAUAUUUUGCACACUUCUUGC